CCUCUCAGCAGAGGAUGUGUCUGGGAGAGAGGGUGUGUGUGAGGGUGAAAGAGGAAAGCCGUCAGUAGAAUGGAUAUGUGCCCUGUCUCCUCCACCCUUUCUUCUCCUUCUUCUUCUUCUUCUCCUCCUCCACUGUGUCAUCUGUGUCUGUCUUCACCGCUCUGUGGCAGCAUUGCACCCUGGGUACCCUCAGUGCCAGCCCUCGGGGACAAGGAGACUCUGCAGCUGAAAACUGACCUUCAAUGUCAGCGGGGAAUCAGAAGAGUUUUGGGGACAAACCAGAAGACAGGGUGUCAGUGGUUGAGAUAUGGCCAGAAGUGGCAAGGGCGGAGUGUUUGGCCCGAGGUGCUGCCUUGAAGUGGGCUUCAGGGGUUUUCUGCCGACCUGAGCAUCUGGAGCGCCUGAGCCAGUACAGGAAGAGAGAGAGUCAGAGGACCACCUCCAUACACACCAGACUAAAGUCCAUGGUCCAGUCGUACCUGGAGGGGGUAGGUUGGGGUCUGGAGCAGCUCAGGGAGGCCAGGACGGAGCUUAAGGAGGUGUCACACACUUUAAAGAAAGCUGGACUGGAGUCCAAUGGAAACUCAGAGGGGGUGAAGUCUCUGGAGAGGCUGAGAGAAGUGUCCGUCAAUCACAGUCAGCUCCUCUCCGCCGUCAGCAACCUGCCACGACUUUACUCUGUGCGUAGCAUGGUGUUGGAGACAGAGCGUCUGGUGGAGUCCCGGCGACUCCUGGAAGCCCACGCCCGGCUGAUGGAUCUGGAGCGCUGGCAGGAUGACAUCCUCUGGCAGCUCCAUGGAGCCACAGGAAAUGGGCUCAGCACAGAAGACCAGGAGCUGGUGGACAAGUAUUUCUCUGGUGUCGGACAGCUGGUGGACGCUUUGGGUAAGGAGCUGUGGGCGGUGGUGAGCAGUAGUCUGGCUCUGGCUAGACAAAACCCCACUCCAUUUGUUUCAGCUGUGAGGAUAGUGGAGCGGGAGGAGACCCUGGACCGAGCUUUACUGGAGGAGCGAGGGGGAAACAGAGGCAACACGCGUCCCCUGCCCCGUGGGAGACCUCGCUGCUGGAGAGCAUGCUUCUUCCAGGUACUUGAGGAGGCGGUUUCUGCCCGCUUUCGCAGUGUUUCCUACCUGCACACUCGAGGUCCAGGUCUGGCAGGCCACCUUUCUGCCCUCCAGCACGGUAUCAUGGCUGACCUUACCACCGUACGCCACCUGCUGGAGCACUGCGUCCCCUCACACUAUCAGCUGACGGGAGCCUACCUGAGGGCCAGCCACCGCUGUUUACACGCUCACCUGGCACAGGUUAGCAGCUGGGACCUGGAGAGUGGAGAAAUCUUUGCUGUGCUUAACUGGGUGCUCCACAUCUUCACCAGUCCUGACAUGAUGGGUCAUCCUGAGCUGGUGGGUGUGAUGGAGAAAGAAGAACUGGGACCUCUGAUCUCUCCUGAAGGGCUGGAGCAGCUGCAGAACAAAUAUGUGCAGCGUGUUCGGAAGAGUGUAUCAGAGUGGAUGCACAAAGCGCUUCAGGUGGAGCUCCAGGACUGGCAGAGAGACCAGGAGCCCGAUACAGACCAUGAAGGUUUCUACCACACCAGCCUGCCCACUAUCAUCACACAGAUGUUGGAGGAGAACGCUCGGGUGGCUCUGAUGAUUGGCGAGUCCUUGCGAGAUCAGAUCAUACAGAUGGGACUGUACGAGAUGGAGAACCUUCUUAACAGGUUUCGAGAAGCACUGGUGGAAUUUGGGAAGGAGCAUCGCAGGGAUCCAAGCAACAGAAAAAGCAAGUUCUACCUCCACUACCUGCUGGCCUCCAUCAGCAACUGCAUCAUCCUCAAACAGUCCACAGAGAGCCUGCGGCAGCAGCAGUCGUCCCGCAUAGUGAGCCAGUUCUCUCGGACUCCUCCAAACCCUCUGGCAGCGCUUGACCGGGCGGUGAGACGAGCGUGUCGCCUGGUGAUGGAUCAGCUCCUGCUGGACCUUCAGCCUCUCCUCCCAGGCCUGCUGACCCGACCCUGGCUGGUCCAGGGAGAACCCGUCCCCAAACUCUGCCACGUCCUGGAGCGUCACCUAGAGCUGUACAGCCGUGUUCGACCUCCCUGCAGAGAGCGUCUGCAGGAGGAGGCCCAGUGGCUGAUGGUGGUGGAGUAUGUCAGGGCUCUGAUGCAGAAGAGGCUGGUGUGUCGGGGCGCAGACGAGAGGAAGCAGCUCGCUCAGCAGAUGGUUCAAGACGAGCAGCUGUUCAGAGAGAUGUUUCACGGCCUGGAUGGUGAAGGGUCAGUGCCUGAAGUGAAUCCUCUGGCCUUACUCCCCAUCCUGGCUGAUUUCAUCCGACUGAAAGACCCUGGAAUGCUAACCCUGGAAGUUACCGGACUUGCAGCCAAAUACCCUGACAUCGGUGAAGAGCAUGUUUCUGUGCUGAUGGACAUUCGAAGUGACGUUUCCAGGGACAUCAGAGGGUCUGUGCUGGACUUGUUGGAGCAGAGUGCCCCCCCUCUCCCUGCAGGGUACCGGCCCAUCUUCACUGACAUCCUGGUGCGCCCCUCGUCCCUGGUCUUCUGCCUGCCCACUGCCAAGUGUGCAUGAAACUGUGAAACCUGAAUUUGACUUUAAAAUCUGGUCUGAACGAUAAUCAAGCCGAGAGCUUGCAGCACAUCAUAACUCAACGAUCUGAAGGACCAGUAAGAAACACGAUGAGGAGUUUCAAGCUUUGUUUAAAGGAACCUUUGUGUGAUUAUGUUCACAUGCAUGUUGUUCAUCAAUGGACCAUCAUUUGUUACACACUGAGAUCUGCCUUGUGCCACCAUCACUGUGUUCUUGUGUUUCACCACAGAAGUCUCUUCAAGCUUUGUCUUGGCUGCAUCCUUAUUCUUUGGGGGAAAUGUGGAGGUUCAACAAAGUUUUCUGUGAGGAUAAAUUACUGUUUUUGACAAUGGAUUCUGGUGGCUUUGAAGAGUAUGAUGAAAUAUGAUUUUCUGGUAAAUAGAAGUACCUUGCUCUUUAACACCAAGGUCUAUCAUUAUGAAUUCAUUCUCUUGUGUUUCAGACACUAAACAAACUGCCAGCUGAAGCAAUCUCAUGGAUCAAUUACAAAAACAUUUUGUUCUUGUUAGUCGUUUAGAUCCCUUAUUAGAUUUUAAAUAAUAGGGCCCCAUUUAAAAACCGUGGCAUUCUUCUUUGAUGAUAUCUACGGAGCCCCUGAAGAAAUAAUAUCAUCUGCGCACAAGUUUUUUUUUACUUUUUGGGACCACAGGGGCUCCGUAGAUAUCUGUUGUGUGAGUAGGAAAGUCUGACAUUUUUUUACAGUUUACCUGGGAGUCAGGCUGGUGACUUUCUGGUGCAGGUCUAACUGUAGUAUCUGAUGUGUCUUUAACAAUCAGAAAUCCUGUAACAUGGCGUCAGUAAACUGCACUCAGUGCUCUAAGAGGACCCACUUGGUCAUUGCGUAAUGAUAACAAACGAUGUAACUCUAUAGGAUUUAUUUGCUGUUUACAGGUUACAGAUUUAAUUGAUAGUAUUUUCUACUGAACAAAAGCUUGAACACCUCCAAUAAAAUUCAUUUUACCAUCAUUGCAUUUUGGAGGCAGACAGAAAAACUCCACUCACAAAAUAAACAGUAUCCAAAUAUUCAAGGUUUACUCAACUUAAUGUAUUGAACGGCAACACCGCUUAUAUUUCCUGCUGAAAACAAACAUUUGUAGUUUACACUAGCAAAUGAAUUUGUGCAAAUGAUAUCAUGUUCAUUUCAUUCCAAGGAAGGAUUUGAAAUUAAGUCAAAAUAAAGGCUUCUUUGGAUAUAUUCUACGAAUUAAAUAGGACAAAUGGUCACCAUAUGAGAAACUUAUCUGAAUGGUUGUUUUUGCAGGAUGUAAGAAAUUAACAGAGAUACACUGUUUCAGUUACAACACGAGAGUAAUGAAAGAACAAUUGAUGUUCUGUCACAUCUGGACAUUAAAAUGAUCGUUGCUUUACUGCCAAGGCUCCUGGACUGGGAUCUAUCUACCUGAAGAACUUGGGCAGCAUAUUUAUAAAAUGACGUUUUUUUCUUUUAUUAACUUGUCUUUGUAUGUCUCAUCUCCCUUUGUUGUUGAUAUUGAGUAUUAUAUUUGGAAUCUUUAUGUAUAUUUAUUGUAUUUAUAUUAUUUUUCUUUAAUUUCCGUUAGAAUUGUGUUUUUUUCUGGUCUUCAGUCUGAGAAUAUUUUACAACAUCUGGUCCAAUAACGCACAUUGUAUACUGUGAGCAUAAAUGUCUAAAUAAAUGCUUUGUAAAAACA